AUGGCUCAGAAAUCCGGUGGUUCAAAGCAAUCAACCCUCGGGAAAUUCUUCGGCUCAAGUAGCAAUCCCGCUCCAAAGAAGCAAUCGACGCUUGCUUUUUCAUCGAAGGCAAGUGGCAGCUCUAAAGACGAUGAGACCAAGACCAAGGAUGAUGAGGAGGUAGAUGGGGAGCCUCGGACACCUCAGAAACAGGUUGGUAGAGCUAGAAGGAAGCGUACUCCGCCUCCGAUUGGCGAUGAGGAGGUAGAUGGAGGUAUAUUAUCUGAUGGAGUCAAGAGCGAGUCUGUUUCUCCUGUGACAAGGAGACAGAAAAGAAAGGAGGCAGCGGCAGAUAAACUGGAUGAGGAAUCAGAUGAGCAGCCUGUAACAAAACGACGAAGAAGAUCACCCAGAUCAGGCACCGGAGGGAAGAGCCCUGUUAAGGCCAGCCGGGGUAAGGCAACAGAUAAAGAAGAAGAAUCACCUAAGAAGGCAGAUCCAGAGCCCGAACCAGAACUGUCCUCCGCUGAGGAGAAUUCUGCUUCAGAGGUCGAGGAAGACGAGCUAGACCAAAAGCCAGCCAAAGUCCAACAGAAGAAGAAAACGGCGGCUAAGCAGAGGAAACAAGUCCAGAGCACUCUCAUGUCCAAGCCGAAAGACCUAUACCCCGAUUGGAAAGCCGGAGACCCCGUUCCCUAUGCGGCGCUUUGCACCACCUUUUCACAUAUUGAAAUGACUACAAAGCGCCUUAUUAUAUUAUCCCACUGCGCACUUUUCCUGCGUCAAGUACUCCGUCUUACCCCAGACGACCUUCUUUCAACCGUCCAGCUAAUGAUAAACAAGUUAGCGGCAGAUUAUGCAGGCGUUGAACUUGGAAUUGGAGAAUCUCUAAUUAUGAAAGCUGUCGGUGAAUCGACCGGGCGUAGCCUUGCUGUUAUCAAAGCAGAUCAACAUGAAAUUGGUGAUCUAGGACUUGUUGCCGCAAAGAGUCGAUCCAACCAGCCAACCAUGUUCAAACCCAAAGCAUUGACUGUCCGAGGGGUCCAUGAGGGACUCCUGGCUAUCGCUAAGACACAGGGUUCUGGGUCUCAAGAGAGGAAGAUUGCCGGUAUCAAAAAGUUGCUAUCAGCUGCCGAUGCCGAUAAGGCUGGAAAGGGCGCAAAGGCAAUUGACAUCACCAAAGAUAGGGGUGGUGCAAGCGAGGCCAAAUUCAUUGUACGGUUUCUGGAAGGCAAACUUCGGCUUGGGUUAGCCGAGAGGACUGUACUCGUUGCUUUGGCCCAUGCAAUGGUGGCACACGAAGCCGAAAUGGAUGGGGGAAAGACUGCAAGCACAGAUCAGCUUGCCAAAGGAGAAGAAAUUCUCAAAAGUGUCUAUAGUGAACUUCCAUCAUAUGAAGUGAUCAUCCCAGCCAUGCUCAAGCAUGGUAUAUUCAAUCUCCCAGAUAACUGCAAACUGCAGCCCGGCGUGCCAUUGAAACCCAUGCUUGCUAAGCCAACCAAAUCUAUCAGCGAAGUUCUUGAUAGAUUUGAAGGGAAGCAUUUCACAUGUGAGUAUAAAUAUGACGGUGAGAGAGCACAGAUACAUUACGUCUCCCGUGACACUAUCAAAGAUUAUCCAGCAGCUUCUGCGGCUCUUCAAAAGGACGGCGAGGGUCUUUCCGCUAUCUUCUCUCGGAACUCAGAAGACCUGUCCAAGAAAUACCCUGACAUUCUUGAGAAAUUGGAAACCUGGGUUAAGCCUGGCACGCAGAGUUUUGUGCUCGACUGUGAAACGGUAGCUUGGGAUACUGUCAACAAGAAGGUUCUCCCCUUUCAGCAACUGAUGACGAGAAAAAGAAAAGAUGUGAAGUCGGAAGAUAUUAAGGUUAAAGUCUGCGUGUUUGCGUUUGACUUGCUCUUCCUGAACGGAGAACCUACCGUCAAAAAGUCUCUCAGAGAGCGACGUGACCUUUUACAUGACGCAUUCGUACCAAUUGAGGGAGAGUUUGCUUUCGCUCAACAUGGAAAUACUAGCGAUUUAGAAGAAAUCCAGACAAUGCUUGAUGAGAGUGUUAAAGCUUCUUGUGAAGGACUCAUGGUGAAGAUGUUAGAUACAGAAGACAGUGGCUACGAACCAAGUAAGAGAAGCCGAAACUGGCUCAAGGUCAAAAAGGACUAUCUAGCUGGAAUUGGCGACUCGCUCGACCUCGUGGUGCUGGGUGCAUAUUUUGGCCGCGGCAAACGUACGUCUGUUUAUGGUGCUUUCCUGCUCGCCGCGUACAAUACCAAAACCCAAAACUACGAAACAAUCUGCAAUAUUGGUACAGGCUUCUCAGAAGCUCUCCUCGAAGAACUUCAUGAGACACUCAGCCCGCUUGUUAUUGACAAGCCAAAGCCAUUCUAUUCUCACUCAACAGUUCCCAAGGAUCAGCCAGACGUCUGGUUUGAACCCAAAUUCGUAUGGGAAGUCAAGGCUGCUGAUCUCACUCUUAGCCCGAGAUACAGUGCCGCAAGUGACGAGGUCAUGGGCAACACUGGUGGUUCUACAGCCAAGGGUAUCUCGCUGCGUUUCCCACGGUACAUCAAGGCGAGAGAUGACAAGAAGCCGGAUCAAGCUACGACUACAAAAGCAGUGGCAGAAAUGUACCGAAGACAAGAGAGUGUUACAAAGGAUGCAAGCAAGGGAGCUGUGGAUGAUGACUUUGAAUAUUGA